AUGGCGUUCAUUCAAACCGUCAUCAGUCCUCAAAUGAAAAUGUUGUCCUGCAGUUGGAUCAUGUACAAAAAAAAGAUGCCACCGGCUAAGUGGACUACAAUGGAACAGUAUCAAUGGCUCCAAGAACAGUUACCGGAGUAUGCUACACUCCGCAACAAGGAGCAAAAAGCCACAGAAAUUGCUGCUGAGGAUUCACGUAAAGUUCAACUGCAAACUUGGUUUCGCUGGCGGACAAACGCUUCCAAGAAAAAUUGUGGCCUAAAAAAGGACACGUCCAUCUUCGAAGCUGCACUGGUACCUAAGUCGCGCUCAAAAUCCGCUGAGGAGAUAUACAUGGACAUGGUCUAUGACGAACGGAUCAGACCUCUCAUCAAAGCCGAAGAAGAAGCCGGUAAUUUUUGCAAGGAGCUCCUAGAAGACGAGUCAGACGAGGUUAAGAAGGAGGUGAAAGAUAAGUAUGAUAAACAAAAAAAGGUAAAAAGGGACAUGUUAGACGAUGAAGAUGAUAACUAUGAAACUGAUCCUGAUGCCAUCGCGAAAGCUAUCGAUGAUUUGCCAAUCAUAUGCCAGCGUUUUGCACGUCUCAUCAAAAAGAAAACUCGAUUCAUAGUCUCUUUCAUGUGCGCUGGACCCGAGCCGAGGCACAAUUGGGACAUCGUUUCAUUAUCGUGCCAUCCAUCGGAGACCCCCGCUGGCAGUAAUUUUUCUCAAUUGUGCCCCGACAAGGACAACACAUUUCUCGCUGCAUACCAGCAAUAUGCUGAGUUGAUAUUUCCUGCGAACGAGCGCAACCCACCACUACUACCGGGCGUUGGAGAUGACAACGAGAUCGAAGAGCUUGAAAGAUGCAACAAUGUUGAAGAAUCUGGGAGUGAAGAAGAACUUGGUGAGGACGGUGAAAAGAACGUCAACGGAGGAUGCGAUGAUUCUAUGGACUGGAAUAAUUCAGGUAAUACCGAAGCCGGUAUCAGUGAUGCAUCAUCACUUGAUGAAAUUGAUCAAUCCGCGUUUAACUCCGAGCCCCAAUCUAAUGCAUCACUCACGCAGGCCCAGCAUGAUGCAUCGCUCACGCAGGCCCAGCGUGAUGCAUCACUCGCGCAGGCUCCACUUCAUGCAUCAUUUGAUUGGCAUAACACUAAUAUGCUACCUCCGAGUCCCAAUCCAGCUAGUGUGCCACAAUCCAGUGUGCCUGGGAUGAUUGAGGCACUCGAGUCAUCAUUUUCGCAUACUGACCUCACGGCAAUGGGGUUUUUGGGUGGCGGUAGCACCAUGCCGAAUCCAUUUCCCCCAGCAUUCAAUUCAUUAGCACCCUCAUUCAAUACUGCACCAGGAUACUAUGACGUGCAAUACAGCAUGCCAUACGGCACGGAUACGUGGAAUUUCAGCAACCUUGACUCACAAGGCGAACCAUCAACACGACGUGCGGAGGACACGGUGGCAGCAGUAGCGGUAGCAGGGAGUGAAAAUGGCCAACUUAUACAACAAAAAACGCCGGAGUGUGAACAAAUGCCAGAACAGCAGUGUGGUGAAUCAAAAGUGCGGACAUCGCCCAUUCUUCCGGCAGCAAAUCCUCCUGCAGAGGACAGUGCAAAAGACCUUGCCAGCAUUAAUGUUGGUGCUGGUCUUCCUAAGUCCAAGCGCAAGCGUAAGUCGAAGCUCCCGGCUGCCGAAGUCAAUUGCGAUCCUGCUGUAGAACCCACCCCCACCAUCACGCCCACAAACACGGCUAAACCCAAGGCCAAACCCAAAGCAAAACCUCUCCCGAAGUCUAGUGUGGUAACAGAGACAUCAUACGCUACUGCCGAGGAAGGCCCCAAUACUGCCACGCAACAGAAUCCGGCGGUUGAUAUUGGAGCAGCUCCUCGUGUAUCAAAACGAGUUCCAAUCAAGUCUAGGCGGAAUGUUGUCGCUGACGCUAUUGGGUCAGAUGGUUCAACGUUCAUUGCUGUUUUGAAGGAUGUUGGGGCAUCAAUGACGAAGCGUCCUCCCAACUUGACUAUGGAGGGCAUGAUUCCUGCAAAGAAAAGGCGAAUGAAGGCAUGA